AUGUCCGGUAAACUGGCGGUGAAAACAGCAGAAGCGCUUCGAAAUAUCACGCGCGUUCGGUCGCUCCGGGAGCCGCUGUGGAGUCCGCGCACCACCGCCGCUUUGCAAGGUGUAAACGCCUCCUUGAACUGGUCGCUCGCCCGACAUGAUGCUGCACCUGUUGGCGUGGAAUACGUCUACAGGAACCUCCGCGCAAAGAAUCUGGUCUCACACUGCAUAGAGCGCUAUGGGUCAGCGUAUACAAGUGCGCUUGUUGCGCAUGGGAACGCAGAGCGGCCUGCCGGCACGCUGCAGCUCCUCCCGCCAGCUGCGUCACGUCGCACGCAUCAAGCGCUAGUCGCGGAUUACUUAUGUAGGGGUGGCGAUGCUUUCACGUCAUCAUCUUGGAAAUCAAAGCUUUACGUCUUAGACGGGGCUUUUGGCUCAGAUCUGGAGACGUGCCUGGCGAGUCGAGUGGUUUGCGACGACCCUGUCGUUGCGCUUGCGCUCACGCACUGGAUGGAGCGUCUUCCGGCGGGCGCUCUGGAUCUGAAUGUAUUCAGCCCUGAUAUCGUGGUCUAUAUAGGUGCUGGCUAUCAUGGUCGGUUCGAGGAGAACUCCGGCAAGAACGGAAUAUCUUCCUCGCCGCCAAGAGACAAGGCGUCAGCAACACGAGCACCUGAUGGGAACGCUUCGCCAGGCCUUGCGCAUGUAACAACUGAUGGACAACGUGUCUAUAUUGGCGCGAGCGUGCAGCUCAAUCACAUGCGAAGCGCUAUCGGCGCCGCUGCUUCUCUAGCAAUGCUCUCCACCCGACGGGGUAUCGAUCCGGAGCGAUAUGGACUGAUCCUUAAUGGGCAGCUCCACUCCAAUGGUCGCGCUGUUUUGGGCGUCGACGGCCAGCACGUCAUGUGGACGCAUCGAGGACUUGCGCGAGGCUGGCGCGAUGUUCUGCGUCUGGAAGACUGGCGGUCUAGCGUGCCGCCUCCGAAAGUAACGCAGCGACAGUGGCAGCAACGGGUUGCGUUCCCGUCGGGCGAUGCCUCCGGUGACACUGCGAUGAAGAGCAGCAGCGCAUCAGCCAUCGCACCGCUACGCGUCCCGUCCACGCCGAAUCUUGUUCUGGAGUCGCCGCUGUUUUUGAUCGCACUUGAUCACGGAGGUGUGCGGCGAUCAAGUUCCGAUACAAGUAAGAGAAAACGAAAGACCGUACAGAAUGCAGAACAGCAACAGCAGGCGCAAUCUGAGCCCGAUGAGAAUCGAGUGCAGGUGGUGCCUCUGAAGAACCCACAAACGGCAGCGUUGUAUGCGCUUGCCGUGGCGACUUUUCCGGUCCCGGAGAAUCUUCUCGAGAUCAGUGUUCGGGAUUUCGUGGCAGCUUACGAGCGCGCGAAUGCCCGAGCGUUGCUCGUAUGCGGCACUGGAGCGACGUCCCAUGUAUUACAGCUGGCUGCGGACUCCGCGACACCGAGUAUCACUGGCGAAGCAGUUCCUGGAGUGCUGCAGGAGUAUGCCCGGCAGUGCAUCCUUGACAGGUAUCGCCAGGUAGGUCAGCAGCUGCUUGCCCAAGACGGCCCGCUUGCGGCAGCUUAA